UUUAGUUUUUGCAUACUCUUGUUUGGAUUGUUCUUGACUAAUAAUUAAAUGACAGAUUGGCACAUAUAUAAUGAUAAUUCUCAGAUCACAUUCACCAGAAUGUACAUUCAUAGACCAUGUAGAGGAGAUGGAUACUAAACAGAAAAUUUUAACCUGGACAUUAGAGUAUGCUUGUAAAUAUAAAUUCCACAACGUAAUUUCUGCUGUAUCCCAGAAUGCAUCAGACAUUGAGGAUUGGAAUGUUUCAAGGUUAUAUUUAGUAACAAGUGGUUUACACUGCAUUGUGACCUCGGCAGACUAUAACAGUUAUCCUCAAGCCAUUCAGUUCUUAGAAUAUUUAUAUGAGAAUUGUAUAGAAUUCAUCCCAUUCAGAGCAUACUCCAAAUUAGUCACUGGGAUUAAAAUGAUGGUACUACUGAAAAUGUUGGAACUUAACAAAGAGGGUGUUCUUGUUAAACUAAAUGAAUAUUUUCCGAGGUCAGGGGCAGACUACCCAGGUGCUGAUAAAAAGGAAUUAAAACGUCUGUCAUCUGUAUACAGUAACUUCAGAAAGUUUUACUUGCCAUUAGCAGCAGAAGAGAAACUCCGUACUGCCUAUUUUGUAGAGGAAUUUCAUGAGGAAUAUGGACCAGAAUUCCAUGCUGCACUCAAAAGACUCACAGAAAAUUUCCUGUCUAAGAUUGAAAGCUAUCUCCCAGUAACCGUGCUUGAAAGGUUCAUGCAGUGCAGUGAAGAUAAGUGCUACGAACUACACCAAGAUUCAUCAUCGGCAGCUUUUGAAAUUUUCCUUGAUGUUAUACUGACCAAAUCAAAACUUAGUGAAUCUGAUUUGAUUCAUAUGUUGACCAUGCUUGGGACCAUCACAGAAUGUGACAGGGUACAGCCUCUUGAUCAUACUGGCUUACGUACCUCAUCUGAGAGGACUGACAGUAGAAAAUAUAUGGAUGGAAGCAAAUCUUUGUUUUCUUCAAGUUCAAAUUAUGACAAAAACAGUAUUAAAAGAAAAGGAGAAAUGUUAUCGGGGAAAUCAAGUUCCAGUUUGUCCGAUGAUGUGUUUAAUAGUCACUCUGCCUAUGAGAAAAAUACAUUUUUUAAAGCGAAAAAUAGUAAUAGUAGUGUAUAUAAUAGUCAUGAAACAUACAAAUUUAAAAAUAGAUUUGAUCCAAUAGCAGAUCAUAGUAAAAAUUAUUCAAUUGAAGAAAACAAAAAUAGUAAUGGAAUUCAUAUGACUGACGAUCUUACGGACUGUGAGUUAGCUAGAAAUUGUCAAUUAUCGUCGUGUGUACAUAAGCAUGUUAAACAGUUAACAGAACAGAAGUGUGAUAUUUGUAAAGAAAUAGACUUGCCUACUGGCAAAGCAAGUACUCGGGGACAAAAAAUUGUUGAUAUUGAAUUUUUAGGUAUAAAACCAAUACAACAGAGUCCAACUUCUUUAAAAUGGCAUACAAAAUUAACUACAAGGACAAUAAAUAUGAGAUCUAUGAAAAUGCCAACUUUAAGACUGAGGGGAAAACCUACUAAUGAAAAUUUAAAAGGAGAUUUAGAAAGCCAGAAUAUCAAGAAGAAAAAUUCAAAUAUUUUGAAGGACAUUUCUGGUGAGAUAGACAGGCAGACUUUUGUGGCACAGUAUGUGGAUAAUCUUGAACUUCCUCUGGAAAUAGAUAAUCUUGAAUGCAAUGCAAAAGAAAAUAAAUUUAAAAAUGAUCAUUCAGACUCUCAGGAAUCUUCGAACUUUCAACUUACUCAGUCUGUAGUUCAUGAUGUUGGACCUGGUCCAUUUAUACAGGAACCAACUCAGGUGCAGUACAUCUCUAGCAGCAGUGAAGAAAAGACACAGAAUGGUACAGUUAUGGAAACUGCUGAAUCUGAAAACUUUGAGAUUUUUACCUGUCAGUCCACACCCUGUCCAAGAUCUCCAUCUAAUAUCGAUAUUAUUGACAGUAUGUCUGAUGCUAGCUUUGACGAUGAAGUAUUAGUUCCUACCUCGGACCUAGACGAAAUUGAUUUAGAUGAUAUAUAUAACUUUGAUGAGGACAGACUUUCACCUGUGAGUAAAGACCUAGCAGUACCAGAAAUCUCUUCUCACGCCAGACACCCUGACCUUAAACUCUGCAUUAUAAAGCUGUAUAGAAAGAAGGGUCUUGAUGUCAAAGACAAAAGAAAAAAGAAAGUGUUCCAUGUGUAUUCAUAAGACUAGUCAUCAUUUUUGAUACAAACAUUAAAUGAUAACAUAUGUACAUUGGUGUAGGAGAGCAAAUAAGUGCAUAUACAGGCCUAACAUUGUCCAAUCAAGGUACCUGGUAUGUGUACAUAUUCUGAUACAAAAUCUUCUGAAUGGAGAACAAGGAUUGUCACUGACACAAGGUUGACUAUGAAUCAGUGAUUUAUGACUGUUAAGCAUUUGAAGCAACUAUAAACCAGUAAAGCAUAGGAUAAAAUAUUGAUAUAUCAUCAUGUCAUACAUGUUCAAUUUUCAUAUGCACGCGUUACAUCAAUCAUACACAGGCAAAACAAUACAUUUUGUAUGAGAGAGAUUUGACACUGAAGAUUUCAUUCCUACCUCUUGAUAUUAACAUUUUGUUGUUUAUUUUUUACAUCAUUGUUUUCAUUUCAUACACUUUAUUUAUUUUAUUUUAAGUGGAUCUCUAGAUCUACAUCAUACCAGGGCUUUCAAAAUUAUUUUUAGCCAGCCGGACAUUUUAUAUAUUAUCCCGAUUUUAAUCCCUUAAGACUAAAUAAACAAAAGGCAAUUAUGGUUAUCAGUUGCUGAGUCGCCAAUCCAAAUGAUUGACAUUAAGAAAAAAACGAUAUUAAACUUUCUUUGAUUCAAAUUCGAAGUUCUGACGUAAACUGUUAAAUUGGCAGUGCAUCAUUCGAAGUGUGCAACAUCAGCGUACUUAUAAUUAUAUCUGCCUUAGACGCUUUAUUAGUGCAAAUAACGUUGUCAAAAACUUUACUUUCGUUUUUAAAUCUAAUACCGGAUGUUAUUUUGACAAUGGUAAAACAUGGACCAGAGACAGAUACGUAAAUUCCGUGUACAUUUGCAAAGCAUGAAUGAGUGUAAGUAGCUCUUUCUACGUUAUUUCUUUAAGAAAAUAUUCGAAAUAAACGUGAGAUAAAGGUAUCAAUGACAAUUUAAGCAUUUUUUGAAGAAAUACGGAUGCAUAAUUAAAUUUCACACCUGCGCACAUGUGUACUGGUUCAAACAACGUGGUUAAGACGAUUUUUCAUUCACCUUUUUAAUUUUUUCAUCAAAUGAUAUUUGUAAAAGUAUUUCUGAUAAUUUAAAUCUUUCUGACUAAAUUAAUUAGAUGCAAACCGCUGAAAUGUAAGAAAAUAACUUUGAAUAGACCGAUCAAUGUCCGGUUCAAAAUAGUUUACCUGUCACCUGAACAGGUAAAUUUCAGCUGUUCGACAACUAAUUAGCCUUGAUUAAAAUGAGAAGGUAUUAAAGUAGGGGUUGUUUUGAUAGUACUUAAUGAACAUGUCACUUAUAUGACCGGAAAUGUGUGACUGUGAAAGGCAAAAGGUUGGGUCAAAAAGAUCGCGAAUUAUGUUUAAAUGACCGUCUCUUAAGAAAGUAUUGAAAACUAAAAAGUAGAUGACCGUUUCAUGCUUUUCCCAGCCAGACUUUUACCGGACAUUAUACAAAUGUUCGGAAUAUAUGACCGUUUUGGAAGCCUUGCAUCAUACAUAUGAUCUCAUUACAAUACUAAAGUUAGAAUACUGAUUUUGUUCUGCAAACAGAUCUAGUUAGUAAAUAUGUUAUAAUACGUUUCUAUUGAUAAUAUGUCAGCCUCAUUGCACCAGUAAAAAUUACAAUCUAUUUGGCAACAUUUGAUUGAUAAUGACAUGUAUUUGACUAGUUGGAGAUUCUCCUGAUGUAUAACUGCCUUUUUCACUUGCCAAUGCUGUGGGAUAUCAGAUCACAAUCCAUAUAGAAAACAUAGAAUUUGACAUCUCAGAUUUCAAACUGCCAUAGAUCCACUGUCAAGAAGAUAAAUCAUACACCAUAUAUUGUUCCAUUUUCAAAUGUCGGAAAAAAAACCAUCUCAAAAUCACCAAAACUGUAAGAUACAUGUGGAGAACUCCUGUUUUCCUGUGAGGAACCCAUACAGGUUAUCAAUGAUCUUUCAAACUCGAGGGUUUCUCGGCUACAUCUCAUCUCAGAGCUGUCACCCUUUGAUGUGAUUGCUGCAGAGAAACACCCUUUUGUUUGAAAAACCAUCGAUAAUCUAUAAGUUAAUCAGCAUUCCUUUAAUGCUGCAUUGGCAGAAUUCUACCGAAAGUUUUUUGUUGAUCCAAGUGACUAGGGAUUUUCUAAGCUUUUUUCCCUAAAUACUAUUUUUUGUGAUAAAAGAUUGCAUGAAAUGCAACCAAAACCCCUGUGUCACUGCCUUGACAUCUCAUCUUUCCAGGCCUCGUAGAUCUCUACCUUUAAGAGCACAUAGAACAUAGUGCAGUGAGGUGAACAUUCUUUAGAUCCUUUCCUUGUCCAUUUCUAGGAACUUAUUUAUUUACUAAGAAAUUUAAAUAACAAAAUUAUUUGUAUUUGUAUAACCAUACUUGUCAAGAAAACUAUUUUAUUAGAAAAUAACAUAAGUUGAGCAUGGUGUAUGAAUCUUAUCUAAAUCUGUUCCAAAAAAUAAGUUCAACUACAAUUGCAAUAUAUGGACAAAGGAAGAUCACACCAUUUUAAAAUGUUGCCUUCCAAUGCUAAAUACAAUACAAUAUUUAUUUAAGUUCACAAUUAAAAUAUGCCUUUAGAACAAAGAAUUUGAAUGAGGGGAGAGAGGGGGUCUACAAUGCUAUUCGCAUAUCCAACAGCCCUAGUCCAGAACAGGUAGUUGAGCAUCAUAAUUAAGUUACAUGUUUUACCUCAUUGUAUUUCGUAAUUUAAUAUUUAUUUACAUUUAUAUAGUAUUUUAUAUAUUUUAAUCGUGUAUAUUUAUUAUCUAAAUACAUCUAUAACAAAAUGAAAGUACCCGUUUCCAGGAGUAGUGAUAAUGAUCAAUAAAAUUAAAAUUUGA